AACGGACGGAUGGCCGGGUAACCCAGAUCGGUUCAGUCCAGCCGAUCCAACGGAGACCGUCAGCCAGUACCGUCGCGGCCGUCGAGCGCGAUUCCAACUUUUUGAAGAUUCCUUCCUCGAUUAAGUACCCUCUAUCUCGUGUUCUUAUCGUUUUCCGCUUUUUGGAGAUAUACCACGGGAUCGGUAAACACAAGGAACUCACCAUUUGCUCACACUUCGUGCAAAAGGACACCGUGUUGAUGACACGUGCGAGAAGUAAGAAAAGCGAAACGUUGGCGAAUCCAAGGGAGAUGCAGUUGUUAUACGGUAAUAAAAGCAUCAGCUAGCUGGGAAUGUAGUUAGGGGAGAAGGUGUGCUUAGAGAGUCGCGAAAAGUAUCAUUACACAACUAAAAAGAAAUUAGGAAGAAAAGAAAGAGACGUUUAUAGAAGGAUGACCAUAGGAAGAAGAAGGUAUAAAACGAUGACGAUAGCGUGUGUCCUCGCGAUUCUAACAAUGGCGAGCGAAGUGAAGCUCAGUGCCGUACAGUCCUCGUCCUUGAACGUGAACGAGACCUUGACAAACGCGGAGAACGAAGUAUUCGAUGUAAGCGCUGACGGUCACCCUCAUAGAGUGAGUGGCAAACCGAGUAAGUUUGAUAUGGAUAUUAAUCGUGUAACGAUAAUCGACGAUGAAUCAAGCUAUCAGAUCGAGUCUUCCAACAUGGAGAACUCGACGAGGAGUUCGAUGGACGAGGAAGAUUCUUCUUCGUGUGAAGAAGAUCUUUGUGCAGGCGAGAAACUCUCGAAUCUUUUGGACGAACUGUCCAAGGUCGACGAGUAUAAUGUUACUGAUUCCGUGCAGAUAGUGCGAAGUGAAACCAGCAACAAACCGAAUAUGAAGACCGAGAGGGAGUUUGAGAAGAAGUUCGAGAUGAGGUCUGAUCUUCUCGACGAGCUUCAUCGAUAUGCGAAAGAGCACGUGGUUAGGAUCAAGAUCGAUCCUAAUACGAUCACUGGGAGAAAGGGAAGAACCUUCUUCGAUGCCCUCUUUCAGGGAAAGAGUACCUUUUUAACAGGAUUCGGACUUGGUUUUCUAGCAUUCGGCCUGAAGAAGCUCUUGCUACCGUUGUUCUUUGGCAUACAGAUUAUUAAGAGCGUUUUGCUCGCUCUCUUUUUACCAAGUAUCAUCGGCAGUAUCGGUAAUAUCGUUGGCAAAGGUGUAUCAUCUUUUGCACAAUCCUCCCAAACUGUAACGGCUGCUCCAGAAGAAAACUUUGAGUUCAAGGACAACUCAGAUCUUUACAAUGACGAUUAUUUGACGCGACAACCAGUUGGGACAUUGCCAGCUUCUACAUUAUACGAUGAGAAUAUGAUGCAGUCGCAGAAAAAUCCAGAGAUUUCUUCUAGAUAUUCCUUCGUUGAUCCAUCAUAUACUCAUGCUAAUACAAUCUCCGAUCGAUAUUAUAUGAGACAUGCGGCGCAAGGCUUUACGAAGAAACAAGAUUUCAAGGUCUUUCACGAGAUUCCAACGAGCUCGUUGCUCCUGACGAACUACGACCCGUUCUACUCACCUCUACUCUCUCGAUUGGAUGCUGUUUUCUAUCGACUCGGGCAUACUAGUGAAGGCUGUAGAGAGUAUGCGGUCUGUGCGAUGUAUAGAAGUCCAGCACGAUACGCUCCGUAUUCUAAUCUCGUCUCUGCUCAACUCUCAAGAGAAUUAAAUGAGUUGAGGAAACCUGCUAGUGAUAAUCCGGAUGUCUUAAGAUUUUUCCGAUACAUGAAGGCAGCCAAGGAUGGUCAAGAUGGUAUUAAUUGCGAAGACGCUUACACUAAUUGCCCAACUGCCAGGGAGGAUCAAAAUCUGAGACAGAAUCAGGCUAUGCUGGCGACCUAUCAGGACAUUGACAAACUCGUGCAUGCUAGGAAACUUUGAAAGAAUAUUCAUUCUUUAAGUAGAAUUGCUGAAUAUCUUUACGUUGAUUCCUUGAAAGAACAAACGUUCGGUUUAUGAUAGGAUGACGAUUAUUACUAUUACCGUUGACAUUGUUACGGUAACCGUUAUCUGUAUACAUCUGCGAUAUAAGUGGUAUUGUGCGAUCUUUCAUAAUAGGUGGAAAGCAGUUUCUGUAACAGGAUAUAUACUGCGUUCGCGAUGUUUUUUAUUGCAAUAAAAGAAUAGUUAAGAUUGAUCGUUGCUGUAGUAUGCAAAAAGUGACUUAAGUAUUAAAGGAAUAAUCGCUCUUCGACGUUGAAUAUUUUUUUAUGAAAAUAACACGAUUGACGAAUAGCUCUCAAUUUUAUUUAUUUAUAUUUUUGGAUUAUUUAUUUGUUGAACGGCGACGUAAAUUUUAUUUAUCUCAUGAAAACGCGAGAAUGUAUUAAUGUGGGUUUACUAAUUUAUUUAUUUUUAGUAAAACGUGUGACGUGGGUGCACGGGAUAGUGUACUUGAUAGAUUAAAAUUAGCGAAGUCAAUUUAAAUAAGAGUCAUAUUAGCGUU